AUGCCAGAGUCUUCACUUCCCGUCUUCGGCCCGCUAACAGCUGCCCGACCUGGUCCACUCGGCAAGGAGAUACGUCUACGCAUUCACCUCGAUGGUUGCAGAGGUCUACCUCAACCGAAGACUCCGGCUGAAAGUUAUGCGCCUCGAAAGUUCUUUGUUAGCAUUGGGUAUAUCUCGAGCCGGGAUGGUGGGAACUUUGUGGAUUCUUCGAGCGUUCAUGAGGGCACAGGCUGCCUCCAAGGCACGGUAAAGUGGGAUGAUAUUCUGGACAUUACCUGUCUAGAGCACAGUCUUCUUCGGAUCAUCUUGUAUCAUGGCGAACGCAACGGACCCUGGGAGUGUGUCUCCACUGCUGGAGAUUUAUUGCAAGUUUCUUCCGUAUCACUCGUGCUAUGGGACGACACCAUCUCGGAAUGCACUCUCUUCAUCUCUGCCUCAGCAGCCCCUGCUGAUUGCGACAAAGAUUGCUGUGAACUCGACACCGCAAGCAGAAUGGUGUUUGAGCGUGAUGAUGCUCGCUUUGAAUUACAAUCACCUGCGAGUUCAUGGGAUGUUGCAUUUCGCGGGCUCUUCUCUUUUGGGGGUGCCGUCUCUCGACACAAUAUUGCGGAUGCUGCCAACAAUAUAUUCUAUGCCCAGUUCUAUACCUAUAUAUCGUAUCAGGCAUGCUGUACUCGACAAUCGAACGAUGCGCAAACUGACAGUCUACUCAAGUCCUUGAUGAAGGCCGUGUCUACAUGCGUGCAGGUCCAAUCUACGCGUGUACUGCAGAGCAAGGAUUGCGUUGAGCAAAUAUAUGUUCAAUUGUAUUACCUGGCAUUUUCCAUGCAAGGUAAUGCCUCUUAUCGCAACUCCGACCUCAACAAAUAUCGCGAGGAAGAGCUAGCGAGACUCGUCGUGAUCCUCGUCACACCGGACCCACCCACCGGAGUCAACAGCACUUCCACCAGCACAGAUUGGGCCGCACUCUACGGGACAACCGCCAAGGACGCACUCCUCCUCACCUUGGAGGGCAUCGUGCAGUCGUCCGACGCCUUUCCGCCUCUGAAGAGCGCAGCCAGUGGGCUUCUGUUCUUCGCGACAUCGGCGGAUAUGGCGUCGAGCAACAAGAAGCAGAUACGCGACAUCCACAAGCGCGUCAACAGCCUGGCCGCUUCGCUCAGAUGUGGCGCCGAAGACGGUAGCAUGCUCUCAUCGGCGCAUCACAACGCCAUUGGCGUUCUCGCCGCUGACAUCUCAGCACUGAAGGAAGACCUCGAGUCCAUCGUCCACGAACGCAAGAGCCGCUUCAGGCGCUUCUUCAGCGCGAAGCGGCAUCGCGAGGAGCUGCAAGACAUCGUCCAACAGAUGGACCAUGCGCGGUUGAACUACACCACGGCGGUCGCCACGCUGAACGCCACGACGAAUGCACAGGUAUUGGCUCAUAUCAGUCCCGAAGAGUGCAUUCAUGAACACAGACUGAUCCGCUAUGGCCUCGACAACUCCUUCGACCAGCGCAAGCGCAAGAGACGUACUCGUUACGACGGUGGUAUAAGCGGCCGGGACGCAGGCUAUGCUGCAUUUCGAGAUUUUGUCUCUAUAGAAAGCGUCGAGAAGGCGCCUGGCCAGGGGACGCAACUAAAAGCCUUUCCAGUCAGGCUCGAGUACCUUGAGCCGCAAUAUCUCUAG